AUGAGACUCGUUCCCAAGGAGCUCGAUAAGAUCUUACUACAUCAAGUUGGAUUUCUUGCUCAAAAGAGGCUCGCUAGGGGCGUUCGUUUGAACGACACCGAAGCUUGCGCUUUGAUUGCCAGCCAGCUUGUAGAGUUCAUUCGUGAUGGCAAACAUUCAGUCGCUCAACUCAUGGACGUGGGUCGAAGAAUGCUCGGAAGACGUCACGUCCAGCCUUCAGUUCCUCAUACCCUCCACGAAGUCCAAGUAGAAGCAACAUUCCCAGAUGGCACCAAACUCGUAACCAUUCACAACCCUAUCGCCUCCGAAGAAGGAGACUUGACUUUGGCAUUGCAUGGAAGCUUCCUACCAAUCCCUGAUGUGACACUCUUUGGUGAUAUGGAGGAAGACGAAGUUGCGCCAGGAGCUGUAAUUGUACAUCCAGGCAAAGUCGCUCUCAACGCGGGUCGGGCACGAUAUGCCCUCAGAGUCACAAACAAUGGUGAUCGACCUGUACAAGUUGGUUCUCACUACCACUUUAUUGAAACCAAUUCUCAAUUGGCGUUUGAUCGUGAAAUCGCUUAUGGACGUCGGUUGGAUAUUCCUGCUGGAACUGCAGUGAGAUUUGAGCCGGGUGAAACCAAGACCAUCGCACUAACAGACAUUGCAGGCACCAAAGUAAUAUACGGUGGAAACUCUGUAGCUACCGGUCCAGUCGACAGAUCCAAAAUAGCUGGCAUCGUCGCAAGUCUGAAAACAAGAGGAUUUGCUCAUGUACCUCAGCAAGCAUUACCUGCACCUUCUCCAUACCAAAUGGAUCGUCAACGAUACGCAGACGCAUAUGGGCCUACCACUGGUGAUCGUGUUCGAUUGGCUGAUACUGAAUUGUAUCUCCAAGUUGAACGCGAUUUGACGCAUUAUGGUGAUGAAUGUGUGUUUGGUGGUGGAAAAGUCAUUCGUGAGGGUAUGGGACAAGCUGUUGGCGUGUUGGAAAAGGAUGCGUUGGAUCUUGUUAUUACGAAUGCGCUCAUUCUUGAUUAUUCGGGAAUUUACAAGGCUGAUAUUGGUAUCAAGAACGGUCUGAUUGCUGGUAUUGGCAAAGCUGGUAAUCCUGCAGUUAUGGCUGGCGUCACUGAAAAUAUGGUGGUUGGAGUCACCACCGAAGUUUUGGCUGGAGAAGGCCAUAUCUUUGUUGCCGGUGCUAUCGAUUCUCACAUUCACUUUAUAUGUCCACAAAUUACUGAUGAGGCUAUAUCAUCAGGUAUCACAACACUAAUUGGUGGCGGAACAGGUCCUAACACGGGUACAUGUGCCACAACAUGUACUCCAAACACCUUCUUCAUGAAGAUGAUGUUGCAAGGAACUGAUGACAUUCCGCUUAACUUUGGAUUUACUGGAAAAGGCAACACAUCAACACCAGAGGGAUUAGAAGAUCAAAUACUAUCUGGUGCCAUUGGUCUCAAGUUGCAUGAAGAUUGGGGAACAGAUCCAGCCUCUAUUGAUACAUGUUUGACUAUUUGUGACAAGCAUGACGUCUCAUGCAACAUCCACACUGACACAUUGAACGAAUCUGGAUUUGUGGAAACAUCCAUCGCAGCUUUCAAAGGCCGUGCCAUCCACGCAUACCACACAGAAGGUGCUGGAGGAGGACACGCUCCUGACAUCAUCAAAGUCUGUAGCGAACCUAACGUAAUCCCCUCAUCGACAAACCCAACACGUCCCUUCACCACAAACACACUAGACGAACAUCUCGACAUGUUGAUGGUAUGCCAUCACUUGUCUCGUGAUAUUCCAGAAGAUAUAGCAUUCGCUGAAUCUCGUAUCCGUGGUGAAACUAUUGGCGCUGAAGAUAUUUUGCAUGAUGUUGGUGCCAUAUCGUUGAUUUCAUCGGAUUCACAGGCUAUGGGACGUGUUGGUGAAGUUGUGGCGAGGACGUGGCAGACUGCUGAUAAGAUGAAGAAGAUGUUUGGUGUGUUGAAGGAAGGUGGGGAUGAUGAGCCUGCUGACAACUUUAGGAUUAAGAGAUAUGUGGCCAAGUAUACCAUCAACCCGGCAAUUGUCAAUGGUAUUUCUCAUGUUGUUGGAUCUAUUGAAGUUGGUAAAUUGGCCGAUUUGGUCAUGUACAAGCCAGCUUUCUUUGGUACCAAACCCGAACUGGUCAUCAAGGGAGGUCAGAUUGCUGUGGCUAUGAUGGGAGAUGCCAAUGCUUCGAUUCCUACACCACAACCAGUACUAUCACGAUACAUGUUUGGCGUAGGAGCAGCAAUAGGCACCAACUCGUUUGCAUUCGUGUCUGCAGCAUCCAUAAAGGGAGGAGUUCCCCAAACCUAUAAACUCAAGAAGCGGCUGGAGGCCGUGAAAAACACACGUAAAAUUGGCAAGAAGGAUAUGAAAUUGAAUGCAUUCUUGCCCAAGAUAACAGUAGAUCCAGAAACCUAUGAGGUAGCAGUGGAUGGUAAAGUGUUGAAAAUGACACCUGCUACCAAGGUACCGAUGUCGCAGAGAGCGUAUAUGUUUUAG